CUUACGCAUCCAAAUCCCUAUAAAUCUCUCUCCUCGGCCUUCGACGACUCCAUCCUCGCUCAUCUUAAUCCUCUCUCAAGGUCUAGGGAUACCAACAAAGGCCGCUCAAGAUGCAAAUCUUUGUCAAAACUCUCACUGGAAAGACGAUCACCCUUGAGGUUGAAUCCUCUGACACAAUUGACAAUGUCAAAGCCAAGAUCCAGGAUAAGGAGGGAAUACCCCCGGACCAGCAAAGGUUGAUAUUUGCUGGCAAGCAACUUGAGGAUGGUCGCACCCUUGCUGACUACAACAUCCAAAAGGAGUCCACCCUCCACCUUGUACUCCGCCUCCGUGGUGGCAUGCAAAUCUUUGUCAAAACUCUCACCGGAAAGACCAUCACCCUUGAGGUUGAAUCCUCUGACACCAUUGACAAUGUCAAGGCCAAGAUCCAGGACAAGGAAGGCAUUCCCCCGGAUCAGCAAAGGCUCAUCUUCGCUGGCAAACAGCUCGAGGAUGGCCGCACCUUGGCCGACUACAAUAUCCAGAAGGAGUCCACCCUCCACCUUGUGCUCCGUCUCCGUGGUGGCAUGCAGAUUUUUGUUAAAACACUUACCGGUAAGACCAUCACCCUUGAGGUUGAGAGCUCGGACACCAUAGACAAUGUCAAGGCCAAGAUCCAGGACAAGGAAGGCAUUCCCCCGGAUCAGCAAAGGCUCAUCUUUGCUGGCAAGCAGCUCGAGGAUGGCCGUACCUUGGCCGACUACAAUAUCCAGAAGGAGUCCACCCUCCACCUUGUGCUCCGUCUCCGUGGUGGCAUGCAAAUUUUUGUCAAAACUCUCACCGGGAAGACCAUCACUCUGGAGGUUGAGAGCUCGGACACUAUCGACAAUGUGAAGGCAAAGAUACAGGACAAGGAGGGCAUUCCUCCAGACCAGCAGAGGCUCAUCUUUGCUGGCAAGCAAUUGGAGGAUGGCCGCACCUUGGCUGACUAUAAUAUCCAGAAGGAAUCUACCCUCCACUUGGUGCUGAGGCUCAGGGGAGGGAUGCAAAUUUUUGUGAAAACCCUCACCGGGAAGACCAUCACUCUGGAGGUUGAGAGCUCGGACACUAUUGACAAUGUGAAGGCAAAGAUACAGGACAAGGAGGGAAUCCCACCAGACCAACAGAGGCUGAUCUUUGCAGGUAAGCAGCUCGAGGAUGGGCGCACACUGGCAGACUAUAACAUCCAGAAGGAAUCCACUCUUCACCUGGUCCUUCGUCUCCGCGGUGGCCAGUGAACUUCCAGCAUUUGCUGCUAUUAGUGUGAUGCUCCUCUAGUCUUCUGGUGUCUGAUGUUUAUGUUUGAAGUUUAGUACUAGUCGGUCCUGUAUUUGGAUGGUAUGUUCUGAUAUGCUGGAGUAUUGCAUCUAUAAUUAAUGGAAUAAAAGGUGAACCUCACCACCUUGUGUUGAGGAUUUAUGAUUA